UUUUAUCAAAGAAAAUACAGCUGCCAAGAGCUAUGGACGACAGCGUUAUAUUCCUGGACGACACGCUUAAUAGUGUGGAAAUAAUUGACGCUGAUGUAGAAGACGGGGAGCUGGAGGAUGAAGUCGAAAUUGUUCCGCUCGAGAAUGCGGCCACAAAUGUGAGCUCCUCUGCCGCCAAAUCUGAGACUGAAAAAAAUGACCAAGAAACUACAUCGGACGAAUCGAAUAACUUGGUUUUUGAAGUCAGGUUUCGGAAUAUUGCGAAUUUCAAAAGUCUGAAAAGAGAAAUGCUUCAAGUGCUGGGAACGAAGUUUUCGGAUAAAAACUUCGAAUAUAAGACUGAUCCCAAAUUGCUUGUUAUAUCGGCGUAUGAAAAAAUUGACAUCCCAGAGGAAGAACCAUCCUCUCCAGCCCCGGACCUUGCAGAUCUCUUUAUGAUUGACACGCAGCCAGCUGAAAAACUGAUAGCCUCUCAGGUGCCCUCGUACAAGCGUUGCAACGCAGAUGUCCUGGAUGAAGCAACGGAGGAACGUAAAAGGAGAAGGGAAGAGGCUGUCAACAAGUGCUUCCGGCCCAAAGCGCAGUCUUCGUGCUUCAACUGCGGUGACACGGAUCACUCCCUGCGCGAGUGCCCCAAGCCCAGGAACAACGCUAGGAUACAGCGGGCACGCAAAAAUAACAGCUCCACCACAAAGCGGUAUCACGUAGAAACGGCACAGCGUUUUGGCCACAUACGACCUGGAAAAAUCAGCACUAAGACCAGGCAUGCUAUGGGCUACACCCGGAGGCAGCUACCCUUUAUGUUUUACCGCAUGCGGGUGCUUGGAUACCCGCCAGCCUGGCUGGAGGAGGCUCGGGUCCAGAGUUCAGGCAUAGCGCUCUUCAAUGCCGAUGGGACUGAAGUCAGCAAGUCGGACGAAGAAGAAGGCGAGUCGGACGCUUUUAAAUACGAUAUCAACAAAAUAGUAGAGUAUCCCGGCUUUAAUGUUGAUCCAGGAGACAAGUAUUUUGAUGACUUUAGACAUCACAAUGUACCACCUUACCAAGAAUCAUAUUCCAAGGAACAUUUCAUUAAAUCGCUGGGCGAGAACGUGAUUAACGGCUACCGACGCAAGAAACUUGUGGACCUUCCCGCGCCGCACGACGAAGUUACCCCACCCGUUGCAGAGCCGAUCAGCUUAGGUGAGUGCGAUAUGGAGGUUGUCGAUGAAGCGGAAGAUCCACCACUGCCUCCGUCAACUAACUUGGCACUACCACCGCCACCACCACCGCCUCCGUCAAAGGAACGCCCGCCUUCUCCAAGUCUCGAGGAUUUAAGGGCUCAGCAGGAAAAACUGUUGGAACAACUGGAGUGCAAUACCUCGUUAGAUACGACGGCGAAUGAUUCAAAAUCCCUAAUUAACUUGGAUUCGUCAACCGACAUUGAGUCGGUAGUUGAGCCCACAGAUGUACCCCAAACGCAGUCAGCUCCCCCGACUCCCACAGGUACGCGAGGACCCCAUCAAGCUUUUAAAGCCUCGUUUGAGGGCACACCUGUGCUGAAGUUCUCCGUAUAUGACAAGCUACCGGUAGGAAGCAACUUCAAGGUUGGCGUCAGCGAUGUCAUCAACUUUGAGAAUCUUCCGGACUCCACGGGCAAAUACGAACAAAUGAAGGAUCUGCUGAAGAACGUGCGAGACAAGAUGGACAAAUUGCAAAAGGAAACUUGACCCUAAGAAUGAAACCUCCAUAUGUACAUCAGCCAUCCCACCAAACGUACAACCAUAGAUAUUUUAAUAAUACCAUAGUGCUUUUAGAUUUGUACAAAUAAUAUGGCCAAUACAGACAUUUGGUUUUUAAAAGUGUA